CCCAAUCCAAACAAAGCCACCCCACGCGCGUGCCAGCCAUCUCCACCCUUUCCUCAUCCCACGGCACCAAUGCCCACCACCUGUUCGACCACCUGACGCCUGCGCCCCAUGGCUCCCGCGCUCACCUCCAACCCCCCUUCCUUCCGCCCCCUCUCCACCCCACUCCGCCGCCGCGCCGCCACCAUUCUCUGCCGCGUCGGCAAGCCCAGCAAGGACUCCGGGGCGGAUGACGACGCCGCCAAGAAGCCGUCCGUCCUCUUCGCGGACUUCCGCAAGCUGACGGACGCCAAGGCGCUGAUACCGGCGUUCCCCUCGCCAGCGGCGGGGUCGCUGUUCGCCGGAGGGAGGGGGAGGAAGGACCCGCAGACGGUGUUCGUUGCGGGCGCCACGGGGCAGGCUGGGGUCCGUAUCGCUCAGACGCUGCUGCGACAGGGGUUCGCCGUGCGCGCUGGCGUCCCGGACCUGGCGUCCGCGCAGGAGCUGGCGCGGCUCGCUGCCGCGUACCGUCUCAUAUCCCCUGCGGAGGCGCGCCGGCUGAACGCGGUUGAGUCAGACUUUGACGAUCCUGAGGCGAUCGCCAAGUCCAUCGGACCCGCUGCCAAGGUGGUAGUGACCGUCGGCUCGGCCGAGAAGGGGCCAGAAGGCGGGGGCUUCACCACGGACGACGCGCUCCGGGUGGUGCAGGCUGCGGACCUCGCCAGCGUGGCUCACGUCGUGGUCGUGUACGACGAGAGCGUCAGCGGCCUCGGCGGCGGUGGGUCCACGUACAAUGUGCUCGACGGCUUCACGUCCUUCUUCUCGAACCUCUUCUCGCGUGUGCAGACGCUGACGCUGAGCGAGUUCUUGGCCAAGGUGGUGGAGACGGAUGUCAGGUAUACACUCGUCAAGGCUUCACUCACUGACGACUACAGCCCUGAGAGCUCCUACGCCUUGGUCCUGGCCAAGGAGGGCGCAUCGCAUAGCACGACUUCCCCUACUGAUACCGGCAAGGUGUCAAAGUUGCAGAUUGCUGCCCUUGUGGCUGAUGUCUUCUCCAAUGUGGCAGUCGCCGAGAACAAGGUUGUUGAAGUUUCAACUAGCUCAUCAGCAACAUCCAAGCCCAUAGCAGAGGCUUUCACAGCUAUCCCUGAAGACAGAAGAAGAAAGGAGUACCAAGAAGCUGCAGCAAAAGCACAGGCAGAAGAGGAGGCCCUAGCCUCACAACGAGCUAGCAAAGCAGAAGAGGCUGCCAGUAAGCUCGAAGCCGAGGGGAAGAAAGCACCCUCAGACGAGACUGCUGCAAACGUGGUGAACGAGGCCCAAGCCUCUCUCGAAAACCUCCUGAGCAGAGCCAAAGGGCUUAGCACGGACUUCUCCUUGGAGAAGUUCAGCACGCAGCUUGCAGAAGCGACGGCUACUUGGAACUCUGUGGAGAAGGAACCAAAGGCACAGAUCGCCACGGUGCAAGGCCAGGCGAAGGCAAAGAAGCUGGCACCACAGAGGGCCGUCGUGAAGCCAGCGGCGCAGAAGGUGAAGCCACAACCAAAGCAGCCGGAUACCAAGCCAGAAGUGAGGCCAGUGUUCGGCGGCCUCUUCAAGCAAGAAACAGUAUACGUGGACGAUGACUGAGCGAAGGAACCAGCUAAUCCUCUUGUACGUGAUUUUUGUCCAAGGCUUUGGUAUGUUCUUGGAAUGUGAAUGAGUAAGGUUGUACAAAAUUGGCUGUAACAACGCUUGUCUCUGUGGAGUGUCGAUGAAUGAUUUACCCCCAUUUCAUUGUGCAGAACUUGUUCCCUGACCUCAUAGUUUUCCGGAAAGGCCAAAUCUUAUAAUGCUUCUUGUAACACUA